CAGUGUCACCUCCAGUGAUGUCAUCCUGGCUGACAGGGAAAGGAGGAAGAGAGUUCCCGUGGAGAUCAACGAUGACAGGAUCGCAGAGUUAAACGAAACGUUCACUAUCCGCCUAUUGCCACAGAUUACAGGAGGUGCUCAGCUGGGAAGGCUGAUAUCCACGCAGGUCACCAUUUUGUCCUCUGAUGAUCCCAAGGGAGCUUUUGAAUUUUCCACAUCUGGCAGUAGUGUAGAAGAACCCGAGUCACAGUCGGGACAAAGUGUGGAAAUCACUGUCAGCAGAAUGGGCGGCACUCUUGAUGUGGUAGCUGUCCAGUGGGAAGCUACUCUCAAUGGUGUUCCUGCCACAGCAGACGUCUCCCCAACUCAGAGCACCAUCUACUUUACCAGUAACCAAGCCAGUGAAAAGAUAGUCAUUACUGUACUGCCUGAUGAUGAACCUGAGGACCAGGAGGACAUUUUGAUAACAUUGACUGCAGCCACUAAUGGAGGUAGGGUAGGCAGCAGGAAUGUGUUCAGACUUACCAUACUGCCCAAUGAUGAUCCACAUGGUAUUGUCCAGUUUGAGCAGGAUAGGUUUGUCCUUAAGGAAUUGUCUGCUGAUGACACCCAGCACAUCAAACUAACAAGGAGUGGUGGUUCCUUUGGACAACUUAGAGUAUCCUAUAGUACAGAGCAGGUGGAUAUCCUGGCUAUAGUGUCUAACCAGGGACAGGACAUACUUGACUACUACACACAGCCUGUCUAUGGGGCUAAUACACCACAGGAUGGAUUCAGUGUGGAUGUGAGUGGGGCACCAGAGCCAGUGGAGAUGUGUGCAAGAACCUGUCUGUCUACAAGAGCCUGCCUGGUCUUCCAGUACAACUCCACUGCAGCAAUCUGUACAUGGUUUACCUCUGGAAGAAACGACAGCUUCAUGCCUGCUGCUGAUGUGCGCUAUUAUAUGAAGAAUGUUACCAAAGCAAUGACCCUGUAUGACAUCCAGGCAGAAUCAGGUCAGGACUACACCCCAGUGACAGGUGCCUCUGUUAUCAUUCAAGAUGGAGCCAGCUCUGGCACCAUCCCAAUCCAAAUCCUUGCCGACCGUCUUCCUGAGCUGGAUGAAAGAUUUUUGGUCAGACUGACCAAUGUGGAACUGGUCAGUGGUCCACCCAGCAAUCCACGAAACAACCCCAGACUGGGCAAUAUCCAAAUGGCCACUGUGGUCAUUGAUAAGAAUGAUGAUGCCAAUGGAAUAUUUAGUAUCUUCAGUAAUGACCCGCGUGCCUUGAAUGGAGGAAGGGUGGUGGAAGUGGAGGAGAGAGAGAAACUGUUUGUAGAUCUGGUGGUAGAAAGAGCAGGUGGUAGUAUUGGUGAAGUGUAUGUAAUGUGGUCAGUUGAUCAGUCAAGGAGCAAUGCUACAAAGGGUAUAGACUUUAUUGCUGAUGGGGCCAGUCUUAUAUUUGGACCAGGAGAGACUAGACGAGCUCUUACCAUUGGAAUCAUUGAUGAUGAUGAAGCAGAAGAUGAUGAGAACAUUCUCAUCUUUUUAUCCAACCCACAAGGUGGUGCUGUGAUAGGUCCAAACAAUACAGUCAAUGUGAUCAUCAUGGCCAAUGACAACGUAGGAGGAACACUUGGCUUUGCUCAGAGCUCUGUACUGGCUAGGGAGGGGGAUAACCUGACAAUGGUUGUUCAGAGGAGUCGCCCAGCUCGUGGUAACGCCAGCAUGGACUGGGAAAUCAAGGGUUUGAAUGGACUGAACCCUGCUCUAGGCUUCAGGGUGUACCAGGGUUCACUGGUCUUUAAGGAGGGUGAAUUAGAAAAGACCAUAUCAUUACACAUUCUGGAAGAUGCCACUCCAGAGGUCAAUGAAGAAUACCGCAUUUUCCUCAAAAAUCUUGUUACAUCAGGUGUUCGACAAACAGGAGAAGCCAUCUUGGAUCCCCAGAGCUAUGUGGCCAGUAUUACAAUCCAGGGCAGUAAUGAUCCCCAUGGCGUGUUCCAGUUUGCCUCCAGCUCCAUGCUGGUACAUACUCCAGAGGCCAAUACCACAGUGCAACUCAUGGUGGACAGAAAGUUUGGAGCUAUAGGGGACAUCCGUGUAUACUAUGAAAUCAAGAAAGGUUCACUCAGUAAUCUGAAUGUGAACAAAAUAUUGGCAGAACCAGGUCAGGACUUUGUUCCAAAGACUGGCAGUAUAGUUAUCCAUGAUGGAGCAAACUCUGGUAAUAUAGAGGUCCAGAUUGUAGAUGAUGAGGCCCCAGAGGUGGAUGAAGUGUUUAUUGUUAGUCUGACCAGAGUGGAGAAAGUGAACCCUGAUAACAGCACAUUUGAACCAUCACUUGCAUCAGCUGACAUUACUGCUGAAGUCCUUAUAAGCGCUAAUGAUGGCACUAAAGGAGAGGUUUACUUUCCUGCUGAUUCUGCCAGGAUAACAGUCAAUGAAACCAAUGUAAACUUCUCCCUGACCAUAGUUCGAGGACGCGGAACCUUUGGCAAUGUGUCUGUGUUUGUAUAUGCCAGGAGCUUAGGGGAAGGAGCAAGGACAGAACAGGACUACUCUGUGAAGACACAGGAUGUGAUAUUCCUUGAUGGAGAAACCACCAAACAGGUUAUGGUUCAGGUGUUUGAUGAUAAUGAAGCAGAGGCAGAUGAACAAUUUGAAGUGGUAUUAGCUAGUCCCAAGGAAGGUUUACUGUUGGGAGAGCCACACAGAG